CACACCUACACUCACAUUCACACACACUCACACACAUUCAGCACAUUGCUGCGGUGGUUAGUCCGCCGCCGCCGACACCGUCGCAGCCGCAUGUGCUGGUGCGCUCGCAGGUGGAUUGUAGGACUGCGGGUGACUGUAAUCUUGAUGUCAUUAGUGAUGCAGAGGACCACCAUGUAGAAGCGGCCGCCGUAUCGCAGAAAUGGGAAGCCACGCAUGGAGCGGGUCUGGACUGCAGCCGUGGUGAGCCUGAGCCCCCGCACCCCCCAAGCCUCGCGACCUUCUCAGGACCUGACCACAGGGGCCGUCCGACGCUCACCUGGAUGCUCCCCAGUCUGUGCUUCGUCGCCCCUCUCCCUCCAACCUCCUCUUCCCUCUUCUUCUGCUGAAACAGAUGCUCCAAUAAUUGGAUUUUGCCCUCCUUUUUAAUAUCUCCACAAGUGGCACUCUCGCUUAUUUAUUUUUCUCUACUUGAAUCCCACUUUGGAGACUGAUCCCAUCGCUAUUAGCAAUAACUGACCGGCUGGCAUCAUGGGAGACAUGUCCAAUAGUGACUUCUAUGCCAAGAACCAAAGAAAUGAGGGCGCCAACCACGCGGCGGGCUUCGGCUGCUCGCUCAUGGAGCUGCGCUCGCUCAUGGAGCUUCGCGGCACCGAGGCGGUGGUCAAGCUUCAGGAAGACUAUGGGGGAGUUGAGGGACUGUGCAAACGACUGCAAACCUCACCCACGGAAGGACUCACGGGUGCGCAAGGUGACUUGGACAAGAGGAAAGAAGAGUUUGGGAAAAACCUGAUACCUCCAAAGAAGCCAAAAACUUUCCUGCAGCUGGUAUGGGAGGCCCUGCAGGACGUCACCCUCAUCAUCCUGGAGGUUGCCGCUCUCAUCUCACUUGGCCUCUCCUUCUACCACCCACCUGGGGAGACCAGCGGAGAGUCUUGCGGCUCGGUGUCGGGCGGCAUGGAGGACGAGGGCGAGGCGGAGGCGGGCUGGAUCGAGGGUGCCGCCAUUCUCUUGUCGGUGGUUUGCGUGGUGCUGGUGACCGCCUUCAACGACUGGUCCAAGGAGAAGCAGUUUCGCGGGCUGCAAAGCCGCAUCGAGCAGGAGCAGAAGUUCCAGGUGGUCCGCGGAAGCCAAGUCAUCCAGCUGCCCGUAUCGGACAUACUGGUGGGCGACAUCGCACAAAUUAAAUAUGGUGAUUUGCUCCCUGCCGACGGAGUGUUGAUCCAAGGCAACGACCUGAAGAUUGACGAGUCGUCGCUGACCGGAGAGUCUGAUCACGUGAAGAAGGCCGCAGAUAAAGACCCCAUGUUGUUGUCUGGGACCCAUGUGAUGGAAGGCUCGGGGCGCAUGGUGGUGACCGCGGUGGGCGUCAACUCUCAGACUGGAAUUAUCUUCACCCUGCUCGGCGCUGGCGUGGAGGAAGAGGAGAAGAAAGAAAAGAAAGGAGACGCAGUGGAAGACGGACACCAGAACACAGACUGCUCGCAUCCCCCCAUCCACCCCAUUGCCACUAUUGCCACGGAUGGGGCGGCGGGCUUUAACGCCCCAGGCAGUGCCAACCUUAUUAAUGGUAAAAUGCAAGAUGGCAAUAUGGAGAGCAACCAGAUUAAAGUCAAGAAGCAGGAUGGCGCGGCGGCUAUGGAGAUGCAGCCUCUUAAAAGCGCAGAGGGUGGCGAGGAGGAGAAGGAGCGGAAAAAGGUGUCCAUUCCUAAGAAGGAGAAGUCGGUGCUGCAAGGGAAGCUCACCAAGCUGGCUGUACAGAUUGGCAAAGCAGGUUUGCUCAUGUCGGCCAUCACAGUCAUCAUCCUGGUGUUGUAUUUCGCCAUCGACGCCUUUGUCAUCCAGAAGCGUCCUUGGCUGCCCGAAUGCACGCCCAUCUACAUCCAGUACUUCGUCAAGUUCUUCAUCAUCGGCGUGACCGUGCUGGUGGUCGCCGUGCCCGAAGGUUUGCCACUGGCCGUCACCAUCUCUCUGGCCUACUCCGUUAAGAAAAUGAUGAAGGACAACAACCUCGUGCGUCAUCUGGACGCGUGCGAGACGAUGGGCAACGCCACCGCCAUCUGCUCCGACAAGACGGGCACGCUCACCACCAACCGUAUGACGGCGGUGCAGUGUUACAUCGGCGACGUGCACUACAAGGAGAUCCCCGAGCCGGGGGUCCUGCCUCCCAAAUCGCUGGACCUGCUUGUCAAUUCCAUCUCCAUCAACAGCGCCUACACCACUAAAAUUCUCCCCCCGGAUAAGGAAGGCGGUCUGCCGAAACAGGUGGGCAACAAGACGGAGUGUGGCCUGCUGGGAUUGGUACUGGGCCUGAAGCGAGAUUACCAGCCAAUCAGGAACCAGAUCCCAGAGGAGAAACUCUACAAAGUGUAUACUUUCAACUCGGUGCGGAAGUCCAUGAGCACUGUCAUCAAAUUGGCCGACGGGGGUUUCCGCAUGUACAGCAAGGGAGCGUCUGAGAUCGUCCUAAAAAAAUGCAGCCAAAUUCUGAACGAGGUGGGCGAGCCUCGGGUUUUCCGUCCACGGGACAAGGACGAGAUGGUGAAGAAGGUGAUCGAGCCCAUGGCCUGCGACGGCCUGAGGACCAUCUGCGUGGCAUAUCGCGAUUUCUCCAGCGACCCCGAACCUAACUGGGAUGACGAAAACAACAUCCUCAGCAACCUCACGGCCAUUUGCGUCGUCGGGAUCGAAGACCCCGUCAGGCCAGAGGUGCCGGAUGCCAUUCGGAAGUGCCAGCGCGCGGGCAUCACCGUUCGCAUGGUGACCGGCGACAACAUAAAUACGGCUAGGGCCAUUGCCAUCAAGUGCGGCAUUAUCCAUCCCGGGGAGGACUUCCUCUGCAUUGAUGGCAAGGAGUUCAACAGGAGGAUCCGUAACGAAAAGGGAGAGGUGGAGCAGGAACGCAUUGAUAAGGUUUGGCCGAAACUGCGCGUCCUGGCCAGAUCCUCCCCGACUGACAAACACACACUGGUUAAAGGUAUUAUUGACAGCACCAUGGUGGAACAGAGGCAGGUGGUGGCGGUGACAGGCGACGGGACCAAUGACGGGCCGGCCCUGAAGAAGGCUGAUGUCGGCUUUGCCAUGGGCAUCGCCGGCACCGACGUGGCCAAGGAGGCGUCCGACAUCAUCCUGACCGACGACAACUUCAGCAGCAUCGUCAAGGCGGUGAUGUGGGGCCGCAACGUCUACGACAGCAUCUCUAAGUUCCUCCAGUUCCAGCUCACGGUCAACGUGGUCGCCGUCAUCGUGGCAUUCACAGGCGCCUGCAUCACACAGGACUCACCCCUGAAAGCAGUGCAGAUGCUUUGGGUCAACCUGAUCAUGGACACGUUCGCCUCGCUGGCCCUGGCCACCGAGCCCCCCACGGAGUCCCUGCUCAAGAGGAGGCCAUACGGACGUAACAAGCCUCUCAUCUCCAGCACCAUGACCAAGAACAUUCUGGGACACGGCGUCUAUCAGCUCAUCAUCAUCUUUCUCCUCCUUUUCAUCGGUGAGCAGAUCUUUGACAUUGACAGCGGGCGCAACGCCCCCCUCCACGCGCCUCCCUCGGAGCACUACACCAUCAUCUUCAACACCUUCGUCAUGAUGCAGCUCUUUAAUGAGAUCAACGCCCGUAAGAUACACGGCGAGCGCAACGUCUUUGAAGGCAUCUUCAGGAACCCCAUCUUCUGCUCCAUCGUUUUCGGCACCUUCGCCGUACAGAUAAUAAUUGUACAGUUUGGAGGGAAACCUUUCAGCUGCCAACCUCUGGACCUGGAGAAAUGGAUGUGGUGUGUUUUCCUCGGCUUGGGGGAACUCGUGUGGGGGCAGGUGAUCGCCACAAUACCCAACAGCAAGCUGCGCUUCCUAAGGCGGGCCGGCCAGCUCAGCCACAAGGACGAACACCCAGAGGAGGACGUAAACGAAGAUAACGAGGAGAUCGACCACGCGGAGAGGGAGCUGAGGAGAGGCCAGAUCCUCUGGUUCCGGGGACUCAACCGGAUUCAGACUCAGAUCGAAGUAGUCAACACCUUCAAGAGCGGCACCUCCUUUCAGGGGGCGGGAGCUCUGAGACGCCAAUCGUCCACUACCAGCCAGAACCAGGAUAUCCGCGUCGUGAACGCAUUCCGCAGCUCCCUCUACGAAGGCCUGGAGAAGCCCGACUCCCGCACCUCCAUCCACAACUUCAUGACGCAGCCCGAGUUUAGGAUAGAGGACUCCACGCCCAACAUCCCGCUCAUCGACGACACGGACGACGACUCGGCUCGCCGAAGGGGGAAGUACUCCAGCCAGCCGACGUCGCCCAACAAGAACAACAACGCAAUCGACAGCGGCAUCAACCUCACCAUCGACACCAGUAAAUCGGCGGCAUCAUCCAGCCCCGCCAGCCCUUUGCACAGCUUGGAGACCAGUCUCUAACCUCAUGGUUUCAUAACCUUCAUCUCUCCUUAAGUAAUCGGUACGCACGAUCCCCCCCUCCCCCUAAAAAAAAAAAAAAGAUUAAGAAAAAGCGAAACGACCAUCUUGCAUUUGUGGUUGUCUCGCUCUUGCGAUGGAGCAAACUGACUGACGACAAUGAGGCAGAAGACAAAUACUGGAACCAUCUCUCUCCUCGUAAUUAUAUUCAGAUUAAUAUUAUUGUUAUAUUAUUAUUGUCACUCCUGCAUGAAUGUACAUUGCCCGAGUUUUAUUUCAAAGGGUUCUACCCCUACACACCCGUUUGGAUUCUUUUGCGGUGGACGUGAGGACAUCUUUCUCCUCUUCUUCUCCUCCUUCUGCGUGGCAUGAUCACAUGACAUUUGAUCAUGUGACCGGGUGCCAGGGCUCAACUUGCACAGCAGCUUUGCACCUCCACCCCACCACCCAUCCAAAAAAGAAAAGAGGAGCGCAAAAAUAAUACAACGGCGUUUUACGAGCAUUUACGGGAUUAUAUUCUAUAAAUAUGAACACAUAAAUAUAUUUACAGUAGAGAGAGUUCUAUCUUUGUUUGUCGGCAUGUUGCCUUGUUCCUGCUUGGAAUGGCUCGAAAGUACUUUUGACUUAUUUAUGUCUUAAAAGAGAAUGUAAUUUGUUUACAAACCACUUAGAGAUAUACUUCCUGGUUUCUAGAAGAAGGGACGCCGAAGCUCACAUGAUGUGUUAUUAUUGCUGAGGGUUAAAAUUAAACGUAAAAAAAAAAUAAUAAACUGAGGGGGGAAAAAUAGGAAAAAAAAUGAGCUGGAAUUUGCCUGCUAUCUUGUGAAAUAUUGUAGAUAUUUUUAGAGGAUUAACAAACAAAAAGAAACCAAACUGUAAUGGUAGUAAAUGUGGAAUCUUAGUAUUAUUCUUUUUGAUUGUUGGAAUGGAGUUGCCUUUGAUUUUUUUGUUUUUUUUUUGGUUUUUAAAGAAAGGCCUCCACGGGGACCCGAGGAAUAAUUCCAUCAUUCUUUUAGUGCUGCUUCUAACUUUUUAUUUCCAGUUUAAAGGUUGCUAUGAGGACCUUCAAAAUGAUCUGCUUGAGUCACAUUAGCAAGGGAACAUUUAUUGACCUCACUGAAAUCAUUUUAAACAAUGUCAUUGGGAUACAUGGUGGUAGUUUUCAUUUUUUUAUUCAUCAAAUCCAAAUAAAUUUCAAUGGCUUUCCUCUGUAAGAGAGACUAACAUCCACACAGCGCUGUAGGCCAUUUUUU